CUCCCUGACUCCAACUCCAACUCCAACCACCCCCCUCACUCCCUCAUCCACACCAAAUCUGCUCCGCCUCCCCUCCCCGCGUUCCUCCGCGCAUCCCACCAACCAUGGCCGCCGCCUCCGACUCCGACGCCGGCGCCCAGCCGCGCGACGAACCCAGCCUCCUCCCCUUCGCAUCCUUCUCGCUCUCCCUCAACAUCCGCGCGCCGACCGCCCCCACACUCGCCUCCGUCCCAUCCACCAUCCACCUGCCCACCCAAAUCUCCACGCUCGCCGUCUGCCUCCACCCCUCCGCCGCGCAGUCCCCGUCCCGCCACGCCACCCGCCUCAACUCCGCCUCCUCCUCCGUCAUCUCCCCGCUGACCGCCUCCACGCCGGGCCUCUCCCGCUCCUUCCCGUCCGGCGCGCCCGCCGCCGCCGGGCGCCGCCGCACGCUCGUCUGGUUUCGCGCCGACCUCCGCCUCCACGACCACGAGCCGUUCCACGCCGCGGCCGGGGCGUCCUCCUCCCUCCUCCCCGUUUUCGUCUUCGACCCGCGGGACUUCGGCAAGUCACCCUCGGGUUUUGACCGCACGGGCCCGUACCGCGCCAACUUCCUGCUCGACUCCGUCGCCGACCUACGUCGGAGCCUCCGCGCGCGCGGCGGGGACCUGGUGGUGCGCGUGGGCAGGCCCGAGGUGGUCAUCCCCGAGCUCGCGCGGGCGGCGGGCGCGGAGACCGUGUACGCGCACGGGGAGGUGUCCCGGGACGAGUGCCGCGCCGAGGAGAGGGUGCAAAAGGCCGUGGAGAAGGAGGGCAUCAACGUGAAGUACUUCUGGGGUAGCACGCUUUACCACGUGGAAGACCUUCCAUUCCGCCUCGAGGACAUGCCAUCCAACUAUGGCGGCUUCAGGGAGGCCGUGAAGGGCUUGGAGGUCAGGAAGGUGCUCGAGGCACCCGAGGAGGUUAAGUGCGUUCCCAUGAAGAACGUGCUGGAGCCUGGGGACAUCCCCACGCUUUCCGAGCUCGGGCUUACUACGCCACCUGCCAUGGCACAGGACUCGAAACCUGCUGUUGGUUCUACUCUCAUUGGUGGCGAGACAGAGGCCCUGGAGAGGUUGAAGAAGUUUGCUGCAGAAUGCUCUAUGCAGCAAAACAAAUCAGACAAAAGCAAUACCCGAGAUAGCAUAUAUGGUGCUAAUUUCUCCUGCAAAAUUUCACCAUGGCUUGCUACAGGUUGCCUCUCUCCACGGUUCAUGUAUGAAGAGUUGAAGAAGCAUGCUACUAGAGCAAUUCCUUCUGGGUCAACAUCCAAAAAUGUUGAUGGCACAUCUGAUGCUGGGACAAAUUGGUUAAUGUUUGAGUUGCUAUGGAGAGAUUUCUUCAGGUUCAUCACAAAGAAGUACAGCUCUGUACCGAAGACAUCUGAAGUUGCCACUGGUUGCACUCCCACCCCGGCGCUUGCAUGAACAUAGUUAGACAGAUUGCCAACUAGAUUUUGGGUCAUGAACUUAUGCACAUGUUCAAUGGAGAUUAAAUCUUUUUUUCCACCAAUAAAUGCUAGUAGUGAACUGUAGCUGAGUGCGCUGUUCCUGCAUUUUUGGUUCGAUUGAUCUCAGAAGGAUCUUUGUAUCUGUCGACAUUCCUCUAAAUAACUGUUCAAUACUUUGAAUGACAUUGUGACUUGUGAGCGACGUUGGAUA